AUGAAAACUUUGGUGAUUAUUGCAGGUGUGCUGGCUGUUAUGACUGUGGUUAACGGUUUAAAUGUCGAAAAGUUACGAAAUUUCUAUCAACAGUAUGCAAAGUGCGACGAAGAAUUGGGCGGAACGUCAGUUGAACUACAUCCGGAGAAGAUCCAUUGUGCUCUAGUAAAGCUUGGCAAGAUUGUGAAAGCGAAUGGCGAGUUUGACAAAGAGGAAACCUUGAAAUCAAUUGAGGAGACCAUCACCGACGCAAAUAAAUUGAAACAGGCCAAAAUGUUAUUCCACAAAUGCUAUAACGAAACGAUUCAAGGCGGAAGCACCGGUAAAGAGCAGACUAUGAAAAUUGUCACGUGCGCUUCAGCAAUUGUGGAUCUUCUCGACAAAUUAAAUUAAACGUUGAUCGGA